GUCCCUUGCCCUUCUUUAGUAUCUCCUUGGGGUAUAAGCCCAGUACUCUGCUUCACCCUUCUUCGUGGCCUGUGGAACAAGUUGUGUUCAUCCUCCAUUCUGCCAUGGAACCUUUCCCAGGUUUGAGACAUAUCAGACGUCCCCCACGCUCAAUAUGGUUCUAUCAGGAUGGUUUUACGUUGUGUGGUGACAGUGGGUGUUACAGGUCCUGGAGCCACAGGUGAGGACUGGCUGGCAGAUAAAGCCCAAAGGGAGAUGAACAGCCCUCACACCAGGGGAGCUGGUCCUUGCUCAGCACUCCACACACUCCAUUGGAGGAGGAAUCCUGUCCUGGGACCUGACCCUCCAGUCUGGGGUAAGUGGGGAGUCCCAGGCCUCCCAUCCACAGAAGGCAGAGGCCCGGGCAGUCCCAAGGAUGGGCUGGAGACAAUAAGGUUCUUGGGGAAACUCCAGAACAGCCGCCCCUGGGCCCUAAGACAGCAGCUCCCCAAGCAGCACCCCCCCAUCAGCCCCUUAUUUGGAGGUUUAGCUUUAACCCCUUGACAACCAGAAUCCAGGAAGGCUGUCUGCUAAAUUGGGGGUUGAGUCCAGUCCCAAAGAGCCAUGGCUGGGUGCAGGGUCAGGCUGAGAGCAGGCUCUAGGCUGGGGACCAGGGUCAGAUUCAUAGAACCCCUAGGGGGCCCAACACCUGCCAAUUGGGAGAGAGGUGGGAGGGGCACUGUGAGGCUCACAACUCACGCUUCUCUGGGGAUCUUUCCCAGGUUCUGAAACCCGAAUUAGCACCAACAAAGCAAGAAUUAUUUCAUCUGACACAAGGUGACUCCCCACCAUCCCUCCCCCCACAGCAUGGGGCCAUCAAGGAGGCAGCACCACAGAGAGGAAGGGGAAGUAGACUUUCGCAGAAUUUGGGAACCUCAGAGCAGGACUAGCCCUGGUCACAUCCCAGUUCAUGUCCUGGUCAGCCAUCAGUCCCCCUCCCAGUGGGACCACCAUGAGCCCCGCCCUCUCUGCCCUCCUGUGCCUCGGGCUGUGUGUGGGCCACAGGAUGAGGGCGCAGGCAGACAAUCUCCCCAGACCCUCCCUCAGGGCAGAGAAUGGGUCACUGGCACCCCAAGGCCAAAGCGUGACCUUGAGGUGCCAGGGGUCACCGGGGGCUGCUGAAUACUUACUGGCAAAAGAGCUGGGAUCUGGAUACCAACGUAUCGGCUCCAAGCUGUCACAGGAAGAUGAGGUUGAGUUUUCCAUCCCAUCGAUGACACUGAGUGACACAGGGACCUACUUCUGCAGCUACAGAAUAGAGUACUACUGGUCAGAGCGCAGUGAGCCCCUGGAGCUGGUGGCCACGGGUGUAUAUCGUUCACCCUCCCUCUCGGCCUGGCCCAACUCCACGGUGGCCCCAGGACAGGACGUGACCCUCCAGUGCCAUUCCCAGCUGUCCCAUGACCGCUCUGCCCUGUACAAGGACGGAGAACAGGUCACCCAGGCCCCGGCCCAGCCGCAUGCACGGGGGUCUCAGGCCAAUUUCUCCAUCCCUGCUGUGAACUCCACCCAUGGAGGGUCGUAUCGAUGCUACAGCUUUCAGAGUCGCUUCCCCUGUCAGUGGUCAGCCCCCAGCGACCCCCUGAAGCUCAGGGUCACAGGUCCUGCGGCCCAGGAUUACACGGUGGGCAACGCCAUCCGCCUCGGUCUGGCCGGGCUGGUGCUCGUCCUCCUGGGGCUCCUGCUGGCUGAAGCUUGGAAAGGCUGCAGGGGAUGCCCAGAGGGAGCUCCCGUGUCUUCUGACAGAGGGGAAGGCAGAGCUGGGGGGCACUGAAGGCACAGAUCCCAAAGACUCCCGGAGUCCUGCCCACACCCAGACAGAGGGAGGGCCCGGGUCUUCACUAAUCUCAUCAUUGGGUGGCGAGUGUCCACAACAUCCCUAUCAAGUAUGUGCCAGGAGCAAUCCCCCUGAGCCUCCUCCCGUACGCCUUUGGCCAUCAUGGCUCUGAGGGCCCUAAGCCCACCCUGACCAGCAGCAGGACCCCUGCUUCCCCCAUAGCCUCUCCCACAUCGGAUCCCCCUCCUGGGACAAGCCUGCCCUCCGCUGGCCCUGCCCACAAGCGCCCUCUGCCCCAGCUCUCCUCCCCCCUGCUGCCUGGAGAUACAGACCCGGCUUCCUGACGUUCACAAGAAGGCAUUUGCCCCCCAGGGCUCCUGAGGAGACCUGAUUAUUACUGUCACUCUCAAAAAUAUAGUAUACAUUUCCAUAUAAAUUUCCAUAUAAAAAA